CCGCUGUGAACGUGUCAGUCACCACCUGACGUUUACUCUCUACAACAGCAUUUUGUUUGCACCGGGAUGGCAAGUUGGAUUAUAAACAAACACUCAGCCCUGUGGCUCACUAAACCUCUUCUAAUCUAACAGUAAUUUCCUGUGGAGAUUAUGGACCCUGACUGCAUCAACAAGAGCAAAACCACCCUGAGGACCAGUUCACCUGAGGCUCCUUCUCUCUAGUUCCUGCAGUAUCAUUACAUUUCUGGGAUUCAGCAGCUGCCUGUUAACGCUCUGACAAAUGUUUGUUGAAACUGUCCGCCUGAAGGAGCUCUAAAAAGACAGAGAGAAGAAACCUUGGCAUCCGCCUGUGAGACGUUUGUGUGUCUGUGGUUGGAUCUGUAAUCAUGGGGAAGGAGCAGGAUCUGCUGGUGGCUGUGAAGAGUGGAGAUCUUCUUCUGGCACACAAACUUCUCUCCAAAGUCAAGUGCAACAAAACCAAGCUGCUGGGCUCCACCAAGAGACUCAACAUCAACUACCAGGACUCAGACGGUUUCUCGGCGCUGCACCAUGCUGCUCUGACAGGCACCACAGAGCUGCUGUCUCUGCUGCUGGAGGCCCAGGCCACGGUGGAUAUCAAGGACAUCAACGGCAUGCGUCCUCUCCACUAUGCAGCAUGGCAGGGUAAAGCAGACUCUGUACUGUUACUGCUUAGAGCUGGAGCCGCAGUCAACUCCCCUUCUCAUGAUGGACAGAUACCGUUACAUCUCUCUGCUCAGUACGGACACUACGAGGUGUCAGAGAUGUUGCUGCAGCAUCAGUCGAACCCAUGUUUGACUAACAAAGCCAAGAAGACGCCGCUUGAUCUGGCCUGUGAGUUUGGGAGACUAAAGGUGGCUCAGUUGCUGCUGAGCAGUAACAUGGUGGCGGCGUUGUUAGAGGGGGAAGGAGGAGACGACAACAUGGACGGCCCAUCCAUCACCCCGCUCCACCUGGCAGCCAGGAAUGGACACAAGGACAUCAUCAAGUUGCUGCUCAAAGCGGGGAUCGAAAUCAACAGGACGACGAAAGCAGGAACAUCUCUGCACGAGGCUGCCCUCUACGGGAAGACUGAGGUCGUACGGCUGUUACUUGAUGCGGGCAUCAAUGUGAACAUUCGUAACACCUACAACCAGACGGCUCUGGACAUCGUCAACCAGUUCACCACCUCAACAGCCAGCAGGGAAAUCAAACAGCUGCUGCGAGAAGCGUCCAGUUCUCUCCAGGUCAGAGCGGUGAAGGACUACUGGAACCUCCACGAUCCGACCGCUCUUAACCUCAGAGCUGGAGAGCUUAUUAUGGUCCUGGAGCAGCACUCAGAUGGACGAUGGAAGGGUCACAUCCAUGACACCCGGACUGGGACAGACCGGGUGGGCUUCUUCCCCCCUUCAGUGGUGGAGGUCCUCAGCAGACGAGCAGGGGGCACUCUCUCCCGCCAAGCCUCCAAACCUCGCCAGCGACAGCAAUUUGCAUCCCGAGCUCCUCCCUCCAGCAACAGCACAGCCUCUCAGAGGGAAGACUCGCUUGGCUAUGAUCCCACAGGUGACAGAAACAGUGUUGGCAGCUCAGGCAGUGUGGGCAGUAGCCGUAGCGCCGGCAGCGGUCAGAGCUCAGAAAGCGGACACAAACAGAACGGGAUUCAAAACCGCCAAAAUGCUGAAAACGGCAAGCUGGCUCCCUCUGCUGGUGAAGCAGGAGAACACCUCCACACAGGAUCAGACCAAAGCAAACAGGCAGAUGGAAGCACAGGUGAGUCUGGAGGUGGUUCCCGUCGGCAGGUCAACGGCACUCCUCAGAAAGGCUUUGUGAGGCCAGAGCACCUUCUGGAGGGCAAGGAUGCUGAGGCUAUCUAUCAGUGGCUCUGUGAGUUCCAGUUGGAGCAGUACACGUCAAACUUCAUCAACGCAGGAUACGACGUUCCCACCAUUAGCAGGAUGACACCAGAGGAUCUGACAGCGAUCGGAGUGACCAAACCAGGACACAGAAAGAAGAUUUCAAUGGAGAUCGGCAAACUGAGCAUCCCUGAGUGGCUCCCUGACUACAUUCCUUCCGACCUCGGGGAGUGGCUAAGCGUGAUUGGCUUGCCUCAGUACCAGAAGAGAUUGUGUGACAAUGGGUACGACUCCAUCACCAUCGUCAAAGACAUCACUUGGGAGGACCUGCAGGAGAUCGGCAUCACCAAACUCGGCCAUCAGAAGAAGCUCAUGUUAGCGGUGAAGAGACUCUGUGACCUCCAGCGCUCUCGUAACCACGCUGACAGAGGCGGGACUCUCCGACGGAAGCCCCCCGCUGCUCUCGAGCUGGUGGCGAUUGAGCACACGCCCACGCACAUCGUGCACACUCACAUUCGCUCUGAUGCUCCGUCUGAGGACUGCUGCCCCUCCCCUCGCACCCCCAGGACUCUCCUGUCCUUCCAGGACAGUGAGUUGAGCGCCGAGCUGCAGUGCGCCAUGAUGGGCAGGUCCGGAGCUGGAUCUGCAGAGACAUUCAGCAUCAGAGGAGUGACCCAGUCUACCAUGUCGGUUAGUCAGGAGAGCAUCAGCGUGCGGUCACGAGGAUCAGGGAAUUCUGGAAAUUCUGGAAAUUCAGGAUAUUCUCAGGAUCACCAUACGGCUCCAACAGCACGGACAAGCAGCCAAUCACAGGAGAGUCUUGGGAGUGGUGCAGGUGCAGGAGAGGAGGCUAAACGUGGAGGAGGCAGUCCUGGUGGGCGAAGUCGACAGAGACCGGCAGAGAUGUGGGAGCAGCAGAGUCGAUCAGCUACACCAAACAAACUCCCCUUUCCCCCUGUCACUCCUCCUCUCACCCCAAGUAAGAUGCCCCGCUUCGCCUAUCCUGCUGUCCCGCCUAAAGCCAAACACUUCCAGUCCCCGAACCGCCUCUACGAAGCACAGCCUUCCUCGCCAUCUUCCCCCUCCCCGCUCCCCUCCCCUACUCAGAAGAGCUUCACUUACCUCCCCCCACAGACGGGCAGCGUCAACGGCGUCCUCUCCAAACCUCUGCCAGGAGCUGUCCCUGUGCUGGGGCCCCGACCUGGACAGGUCCCCGCUGAAGAUGCCCACAGGGGUCAGUACAAGAAGCGUGCACAGAGCCUGACCCGCUACGCUCUCUCUGACGGUGAGCCAGACGAAGACGACGACUUAACUCCACCAAACACCUCUGCGUCUGCUGUAGCGAUGCCUUCAUAUGCCACUCUGUCACGCCGGCCGGGACGUGGCCACACAGCUGCCACAGGAGCCCAACGCCACAUCAACCGCAGCCACUCCUUCGCUGUGAGAUCUCGCCGUAAAGGCCCCCCUCCACCGCCACCAAAGAGAAUGAGCUCUGUGAGCGGCAGCCCAGCACGCCAACCUGGGAACGGGAAAGUGGAGGAGGCUGAGGUGAAGGGAGGAGUGGAGACAGAGAGCACGGGUAGCGUGAGGAGCAUCGCUGCUCGGCUGGAGGGGAGCAGCAGCGGCGGUAGCAGUCCGUCCAGGAGGAUUGACAUUCCUCCAACGAACAUCCACAAUUCACCUGUUUUCAGCCCUGUUUCCUCUCCGAAUCCACACACUGUGAUUCCACAUAUGAUCCUACAGAACUCAAAACCUGUCCCCGCCCUCGGCAUCGGCGGUCUAAGGAGGACAGGAAGUGAGCGGUCAGAGGGAACACCAGAGGAGAAGGAGAAAGCGAGGAAAUGUGAGCGAACGUCCAAGAGCGCCACAGCCUCGCCAAAGCACAUCUCUGUGGAGCAUCUCGCUUUUGCAGACGAAGGAAACCUCACGAUCAAACAACGACCACGGACGACAUCUAUCAACCAAUCAGACGCUGACAUCAAGGUGCCGCCAGAGAACCACAUCCAGACACCGAACAGCCUGGAGCUCCCUGAGUUCAACCUAAAAGAGUCAGACACUGUGAAGAGACGACACAAACCCAAAGACUCGCUGUCUCCAGAGGAGAUGCCAAUCAGAGAUGAUAACCAACCAAUCAGGAGCCUCCACCCACAGAACGACGCCAGCCCGCAGAGUGACGAUGAGUCUCAGCGACCAGGGAGGGUGUUCCAGCGAGCCGGCUCCAUUGUAAAGGGUCCAAAACCUCAAGUGUCUGCAAAGCCUGCUAGUCCGUUUAAACAGGCACCAAACAGCAGACCGGCGUUGCCACUGAAGAUGGCGCAAGCUAACGCACCAACCGCCAUUCCCAAACUGACCAGUGUACAGAUCCACACUGUCACCCCGAAGCUGGGCGCCAGCGUCCACACAAACACCAGUUUACCGAGUCCAAAACCAGGAAGACACCUCCAGACGGCGAGUCCCAAGCCAGAGAGUCCACAGAAAGCUCCAGGGUUGAUGAGACUCCCCCAGCAAGGAGUGACAGUAGCAUCAGCAGGACCAAACCUCACCAUGGUCCAGUGCGUAGCCUUCCCCACUCCGUCCUCCCCCACUGCAGCUCACUCGUACCCGACCUCUGCAGGGAGAGCAUCGACUCCUCUGACUGGGGUGGCUGGACUGGAGAUUCUGGCUCAGAAGAGACUGGAACAAACCAGUACUUCACUGGAAGCUGCUCUUAAAGUAGUGGAGAACAGACUGGCUCAGGGGAGCAGCAUGGACGGCGGCAGCAGCACGGUGAAAGCGGCGGGGAACAUUUUAGACGACAUUGGCAGCAUGUUUGACGACCUGGCCGACCAGCUGGAUGCCAUGUUGGAGUGACAUCGCUUUACUCUGCCUCAGCUGGACAUAUUCUUUCUACUAAGAAGAGAAAAAGCCAUAAAGAGGAGUUUAAAACCCUGCGUAGAGGAGAUAAAACUGAACAUUUGACACUGUGAGAGCAGAGACGGCAUGUUUGACUCUGGAUGAAUUAAUGCGCUCUCGUCUGAGGAUUUCCUCCACACCUUCUCCUCAGUAUUAGUGACUUUUUUAACACAGCACUUCGCCUCAGGACGCACACCUGGGAAUGUUAUUGGAGCAACGACACGCUGAGAAAUCAACUUCAGUGUGUCAGUUGAAAUCUGAUGACUAAAGGGAAUAAGGGUCCAGAAAAUUCACCUUACAUGUAAAAACAUCUCUAUGUAGUCAGAAAUCUUUAUACUGAAUAUAUUUAUAAACAUGUUUUUUAACUAAAGACUGUAUAUUAGCAUUAAUGUUCUAAAUAUUCUGACAUUGUUGUUUAUAACAAGGAGAAAAUCUUUUAUUGGUUGUAUUAAAGCAGAGUAUUCCAUGUCUAUGUACUAGAUUUGUUUUUACCAAAGUUUUUAUUCUCCUCAGGAGGCUCAAAGUCAGAAAACAUGAUCUUUAAAAAGACGGGUUAAACUCAGUAGAGCUUGUUUCUACGGCGGAUAGUACAGGCAAUCGACCUGCAACAAUAACAACAACAUUUACAUGAAGAAAAAUGUGACAGAAAAUGAGAAAUGACUUAGGGGCAGGAAGUGAAGCAACUUAAAGUUAAGGGCCUAAAGCAUGUUUCUUGGUCUGCAGCCGAUUUCCAUCACUGACAUCAGUCAUUUUAGAGCAUUUUAGUUAAACUUAAAGGCCAAAUUGCACCACAGUCAUCGAGCCAAAAGCUGAAACGGCCUCAAAUUUUCUGCAUCCACCACUGCACAGAUAAGCUGUGUAGAUAUUACUGUUGCUUGGAUUAUAUGCAACACUAACAUUGCAUUAUUACAUGACCAUAAUAAGAAGCAGAGGUUGUGUCAUCUUGCAUACAUUUUUGAUUUUGCAUCAUUUUCCUCCAUGCAAAUCAUUUUGGUUUUGCAGGUCAGGUUGCCGCUGUCAGCCGCCGUAUAAUCCACCUAACACUAACGUGUUACGUUGUGACAGCUCACCUCAGGGUGCAGUAAGAUAAGUGUACCAAUAUUUCUGUUUCCAAAGAAUGGGAGAGGAUUUACAUGUCAUUUAACAGCGUUCUGUUACAUUUCAUCAAAGUUUUUAAUAUGUUAAAGUGACUAAACAAAGUCAGAGGAUCUGUUUACUGUAAAUAAGGGUCCUGUUUUCUACAGAUUUUAUAUUUAAUGUUUGCUGCAGACGAGCUCGCAGUGUUGAUUCAGUGUUGGAGAUAAAGAGACCACACGAGACCACUGCUUCUAUGAGUUCACACACAGAGAUUAUUAUUACACUAAUGCAUUUUAAAACUGCAGCUCUGUUGGAUUCUUAUUACAAAAAAAAGAAAGUAAUGGUCAUAAAAGUUUAAUUGAAGCUAGAGAUUUUAAAGGGAUCAAAUGUUACAUUUCAUGUCGAUUAACUGCCUCACUGCGCUACAAAAUUUUAUUUGGUUUUACUUUUUCUACCUUUGUUUCCCAUCCUGUCUCUUUAAAUGCACAGUCUUAAUUUAUACAACACGAGGACGUGCAUUUAUAUUUUUCAUUCAAGACUGCGUUCUGUCAUGGACCACUUAAAUAAAUUUUCCAGACAAAGCCAGUCAAAGAAAGCCAACAAAUGCACUCUGAUUAUAGAGCUCCUCCUAAACUUUUACAAGCACAAGGGUUUGUAUGUGUUCUGUAAUGGAAGCAGAGAUUCAAUUUCAUGUCUCUUUAAUUCUGAUAUUUUCAUGAUUUUGUCUCCUAAACAUAAAGUUACAGCACUUUCUGUUGUUCUGUUACAUUUGGAUGUAUGCCUGAUGUUUUGUAUGAAUAUUUGAAGAGACUUGUUUAUCAUCCUGAACAUUAUUAAAAAGAUGAUUUGUACUGAGAAAGAGGAUUGUUUUAAUUCAGAGACCACAAAUAGAUGGUGACUUUAGCAUCUACAGUUAAAGUGCAGUUCUUUUUUGUUUGUUUGUUUUGGUUCAAAAAGAGAAUUUUCAAAAAUGUCAAAAUGUUUUAA